CCGGGCUGUGUCUGCGGCACCGAGCUGGCGGUGCCAUGGCGGCCCGGAUGGAUGGGGGCGGGGCUAGGGUCCGCUCGCCGUACUCGUGCGAGCACUGGGAGAUUGUGAAGCCGUCCGUGAGCGAGCUGUCCCGGGAGGUCCGCAACAACAUCUUGUGCACUGUGAAUGGAUGUGGGAAAGUGCUGCCCAACCCCCCGGCUCUCAACAUGCACCUGGUGAAGUCCCAUGGAGUGCAGGAUGGGAUUGUCAAUCCUACGUUAAGAAAAGAUUUAAAAGCAUCUCAGAAGUUAUACUGCUGCCCGAUUGAAGGUUGCCCCAGAGGGACAAACAGGCCUUUUUCUCAGUUCUCUCGUGUAAAACAGCAUUUCAUGAAGAUGCACGCUGAAAAAAAGCACAAGUGCGACAAGUGUGGAAACAGCUACGGCACGGAAUGGGAUCUAAAGAGACACGAGGGCUACUGCGGGAAGAUUUUCCGCUGUACCUGCGGCUGUCCCUACGCGAGCAGGACGGCUCUGCUCUCGCAUACCCACCGGAUGGGCCAUGAGAUUCCCAUUGAGCACAGAGACCCCCCUGUUAAGAAAAGAAAACUUGAAGCUUCCGUGCAAAACCAGAAAACUGUAAAUGAGGAAAGUGUUGUGAAACAUGACUUACCCGCUGUGUACGCUACUGAAGACAAGCACAUUGAACGUUCGAGAUCCCCACCCUCGACGGAAACCAGCAGCGAUGUCACAGAAAGCUCCCAUUCACAACCAAAUCCCUCUCAGAAGCUGCUCCUGCCCAAGCCGAAGUUGGCUUUCAUUAAGUUACCGGUAAUGCAAGUCGCUCACUUGCCGGUUUUGCUGUCGUCCUCUGCGUGUUCUGUGAAACCGGUGGUCGUUGCAGUAAAUGAUCGCGGCUCGGUAAUGACUACCGUGCAAAUAGUGCCUCACUACAAUGGAGCCGUUCUUCAGACCGUGGAGAACGAAGUCCCCGUGCCUGCCAACCUCUCGCUUUCUAGGAAUGCAAGUUACGGCUCCCUUGAUCCCAUGAACUCUUUUGUCCAAGUCAGUCUGGAUAAACCGCUGUCUAACGGGUCGGACGUCAACGGCGUCUCUUCUAAAAACAGUAUCACAUCUGACGUUCAGACCGAUUUAUCCUAUUUUGCACACAAUAUUUUGUCAGGGGGUUCCUGGCCUGCUGAAUCUUCGAUAUCCUCUUGUUCUCAGACAGACUUAUCGUUCGGUGCUCAGGUUUCUCUGCCGAUUAACGUCGAGACCCAGACUUUUCAACAAAAUUCUGACCUAACUUCAACUGCUCGGUCAGAGACCAAUAGGAAUCCUUGCUUUCCAGGUGGGAUUUCUCGAGAGACUCAGACGAACGGCGAUCUCUCAAGAGAGAGCACCCUGCAUGUGGACCAAGCUGUCAUGUGCGAAAACCUUUUUAACGGAGGUAACUCUCUUUACACUGUGUCAACCCAAACCAGCCAGACGGAAAAUGAUUUCAUGUCUGGAUCUCUGGACCAAAAUCUACUUAACGCAGAUGAUCUUAAAGAAAUAAGGGAAGAGUCUAUUAAGUCUGCACCUUACAUAAACUUUCACGCGCACAAUGGCGCGUUCGCCAACAGUAAUAUGACCGAUAACCAAACCCAAACAAUGGAACUUUUGAGUGACCUUGAAAAAAUCUUAUCCGAUAACAUGUCCACCCAAUCUCUGGACAAUCGAAGUCUGCUGACGGAUGUUGGGACAGGAGCAGAAACCAAUUUAGCCUCAAACUGCCCUCCCAAUCCUGGAAUAGAUUUUGAUAUAGAGGAGUUCUUUUCCGCGUCCAACAUCCAGACGCAAACGGAGGAGAGCGAGCUGGGCAACCUCAACUCAGAAUAUCUAGACAUCGAAACCCAAACGGACUUUCUGUUCUCCGAAGAUUCUGCUCAGUCCUAUUCUAACAAAGGAAACUCUGGUCUUCUCGGGAUGGAGAUGUUUGAUACGCAGACGCAAACGGAUCUGAACUUCUUUCUUGACAAUAGUUCUCACUUGCCUUUAGGUGGCAUCCUGAAACAAUCUAGCUUUUCGCUGAACCACGAACUGUCAGACUGCGAAAGCAACGCCGAUGUUACGCCAGACACUAAAAACAUGGCGUGUCACGGCCUGGAAAGCCAGGUACAGCUAAACAGUGCCGAGACCCAGACUACCGACAGCUGCUUCGAUCACCUCGGGAACUUAUUCCUGACGAGUAACGAGACUCAGACGGCCAUGGGCGACUUUCUUCUCGCAGACCUGGCAUGGAACACGAUCGAGUCUCAAUUCAGUUCCGUGGAAACUCAAACCUGUGAAGAGCUCUUCUCUCUGUUCUCUGAAAAGUCACAGAACUGAUCUUUACUCCUCAAAACUGACAAUGCCGAUGAAUAAAUAAGCGAUAUUUAACAACCGCAAAUCAUUGUAUCUCCACUGCUUCUAUUUCAGGUCUUGGCUUGCAUGCUUUACUGUGCUGUCCAAAAGAACAAAGCUCUUUUGAAUCUUUCCAUAGUGUGUUGAAAGCCAGAUCACUUCAUGCACGUUUUCUCUUGUAGGAGAGGAGUGCUAUAGAACAGUGGCUUGCAAAAGACCGUUUUAAAUUAUUGAAAUGUGAUGACGGGAAACGCAUGUAUAUUUAUAUGGAUGCCAUACAUUGUAGAGGUCUGGUCUAUUUUGUAUAAUGGCUGUACCCUAGAGAAAGCACUUUAUUUAUUUUUGUUGUUUUUUUUGGUGUAAAUUAUUUAUAUGGUGAUAAAGAAUAUAUGGUCUGAACAAUA